UCCAAUUCCCUUCUUUCUUUAAUUAAAACUUUUUAAACUAUAUAUUUUAAUUUAAUUUCCUUUCCUUUGUUCCCUACCUGCGCCUCCACAGUCUCACACUCUCUUCUCUGUCUCUCUCUCCCGCUUCGCUCUGCUAUUUCAGUACUUCUAUUAAUAUCUUUCUCAGUUGAAAAUGGGUUGGAAAGCAGCUGAAAAGCUAAUCAGGCACUGGAAAGUACUGAGAGGAGAUAAUGUAAUCAUAAUCAGGGGAAAGGAUAAAGGUGAGACUGGUAUUAUUAAGCGUGUCAUUCGUUCUCAAAAUCGAGUUAUUGUCGAGGGAAAAAAUCUGGUAAAAAAGCACAUCAAGGCAGGUGAAGGUCAUGAAGGUGGGAUCUUCACAGUUGAAGCCCCACUGCAUGCCUCAAAUGUCCAAGUUCUUGAUCCAGUCACCGGGAAACCUUGCAAGGUCGGAUAUAGAUAUCUAGAAGACGGUACCAAAGUAAGAGUCUCUAGAGGCAUAGGAGCAUCUGGGUCUAUAAUUCCGCGUCCUGAGAUUUUAAAGAUAAGGACAACUCCAAGACCUACAGAAGCUGGUCCUAAGGAUACUCCAAUGGAUCUUGUAUUGGAGAGGACAUAUGACGCCAAAACUGGGAAGGGCAUGCCUGACCUUUGAAGAAAACUCAUUCAAUUUUCUUACGGACAUUAAAAACGUAUUAAUGGAAGAAGUUGCAGGAGCAGGUGCGUCAUAUAGAUGCCAGAUGUUGAAAAUAGAAAAACUUAGCUGGAUGUCAACCUUCUGAUCUUUAUUUCAUUGGAUCUUUUUGAAAAUUGAUUGUUCUGUCAUUGAUGUGUUCCUCACUCUAACAUGCGAAGCCACAGCCACAAAUCGGCCAUCUCGCAAAGUGCUUAAGUUUCAUAAAUAUGUAGGCAUUGAACAAUUGAAAUCCUGUGAAAAAGAUUUCUGAUCCUACUUCUGGGAUAUAGGUCAUUUUUUGAGCUA